GAAGUUUGUGCCAUGGGCCUCAAAGCCAUACGCUUGUAUCAGGAAGAUGCCGAGAAAUUUAGCUCCGUCUACGUUACGAGGCAACAGGUUAUGGUCGUGGGGGAAAAAACCGUGGGGAAAACCAGCCUCUGUCGGACGCUUAAGGCAAAGGAACCAGAGCUCGCCAGUAGAGACGACAGAACGAUCGUUUUGGAGGAGACAGUGCUCCAAGAACUGGAGGCUGGAGUUGAGCUACGAUUCACCGACUUUGGAGGGCAACGCCUCUACAAGGUACUGCACCCCAUCUUCUUGAGGAUAAAUGCCUUAGUGCUGGUCCUUUUUAACUUAGAACUCUACGAGACCAACUGCGAGCAUUAUUUCAAAAGUGUGGGUUUCUGGCUGCGCAAAAUACAAGCAAAAACCCCCGGUGUCACAAUAAUUCCAGUGGGUACCAAAGGAGACACUGUCACCGAGGAAAAGGCGGAGGCAAAGGCAAAACACGUGUUCGACCAUGCUAAGAAUUAUGUCAAAAUCUACCGGAAAAACCUUGAGAAUAGACUAGAGGAGGAGAGAAAGAAACUCCGAACACUUCUGCAAACAGAUCCAUCUGGCACCAGGAGCGGAAGUGAUCUGCUAGCGAAUAUUAAAAAGGGAAUCGAGCGACUGGAGAGAAUGCAAGGAAGUAUUCUGAACGUGCAAAAACCUGUCAUCAUCAGUUCGAAAGAGUUCCAUGGUGUGGAUGAAUUGAAGAAAAGGAUCCUUCAAGUGGCCGAGACGAAGUCAUGCGCUUUGCCAGAAAAUUGGUACCAGUUUGCCAAACUUAUCGCGGAAAGGGCCAAAAAGGAUGAUGCCAUGUACAUGCCGUACGCAGAAGCAAAGGAACUUUGGGACCAAGCCACCCCGUCCAAAAAGUCGGCACCGACCAUGCUGGAGUCCAUAAAAGUUCUCCUGACAUCUCCAAUGCAUGGGAAAUUCAACGAAGAAGAUUGCGAGAAGUUCGAGACCGUCCUCACUUUUCUGCAUAGGUGGGGCGCCAUCUUGUGGUAUGUUUCCCCGCGUCUCAAGGAUUACAUCUUUCACAAUCCGAAAAAGCUGACCAAUUUUUUCAAAGCCGUGUUUGACCACGACAUGGAGACGACCCUAGCAGCCAAGAGACGAAGAAGGGGGUUUCCAGAAUACACAGACGUGAAAUUCGAGGAAGAGAUGUCUUGGUUCAAGAAAAAGGGCCUCCUGACCAAGAAACUUCUCCAGGGCAUCCUGGCGGCGGAUUUCCAAGGUGUCGACCUCGAUACAAUGUUUUCCCUCCUCCAGCAUUUUGACUUGUGCUACGAGGUCCGGUACAUGGAACAGCCGACUCUGUAUUUCCCAUGGUUCCUGUUUCAAAGGCUCCCUGAUGACGUCCAGCAACUAUGGCCUAAGACUAUGGAACCAGGCGUGCUGCAGCUUACCGUUGAGUUCCAUUUUAUCACCGUUGUCCCGCCAAGCUUCUUCGAAAGGAUUCAGGUCCUCACACAUUCCAAGGGACCGUACAAGCAGUUACCAAGACGAGACUGGAGCGAAGGUUUUUACAUGAGCCUUGGCGAUGUUAAGGUGUUCGUGGAACGGUUUCAGUACCACAACGACGGUGUCCUCCAGGUCUCCGUGAGAGGCAAAGAUUUGGGAAAACUCUGGGAGGAACUCAAGACCAUGGUGACCACGAUGCAGGGGUUGCUUGACCAGUGUCCGGGGGAGGCCUGUAACAUCUACUACAUCUGUCCCGGGUGUAUCAGGUCUCAGGUCGACAGCGCUCGGGCCAAGAAAGAGGAGUGGACCUGGAUGUGCACUACCAGACCUGAUGAUGACGUUGCUGUGUCAGGACGUCUUGUUGCAGGGGCGACAUCAGUGCCCUCUAUCCCCUGUUACGAUAACGCUCCAGUGGAUGAGAUGAUUCCAGCGUGUCUUCAGUACCCGGAGAUGUAUAAUGAAGAUAUGUAUGAGCUUGUACGCGAGUACUUGUCUAGCCCGCAGAUAAAACAAGAGUCCUCUGGUGAGUGUACAAAUCAAGAAGCAGCAAACGACCAGGGAUCUUCACUGGAUCCAUCAAGUCACCACCAUCACCAUCAUUACCACCAUUACCAUCACCAACAUCAUCACUACAAUACAACAUACUGCACGCACAACAACAUUAACAACUGUCAGUAUGUGCAGGUGGGGAAUGGGAACAUCAUGGAGAGAGUUCCCGAGUACCUGUCUGAGCCGCCGAGUGAUGUUGAACACUGGGACCUCGAUACCGACCCAAGGUGA